ACCAUGGCCUCCACCUCCGCGAAUGUGUGUCUUGUUUGUAAAGAUGCCAUGGACAGAGUUGACUGUGGUCCGAAUGUUACACUUCCCUCGGUAGGGCGGGUUCACAUGAAAUGCUUCAGAUGUCAAGUUUGUAAUGUCCCUCUCAACCUCACUACUUUCAGGUUUGAGAAUCAUGCAAUGUUUCUGACGUGCUCAAAUCACACAAGCUCUGACACUGCAGAGAUAUCUGGAGCUGUAACCAAGUUCAAGGGGAGGUUCUGCCCAGCUGCCCUACUCACUGAAUAUCAGAACACCAACACCCUCAACGCUGAAAGAGCAGUACACGCAGUUGAUUGUGGAUCCUCCUACAUCGAGACAAGCUCGGACAGGUUUAUGGCAGAAUUACGGACAUUCCAAAGCAUAAUCCUCGCUAAAUCUCAAAUAAAGGAAUGUUUCCAAGACGUUCCCCCUAAAACGAACUGUAUAACCAGCAAUCACCUGAACACUAACAAACUGUGUGAGUGUGAUGAGAAGUUCUGGAUUGAGAUCCCGGCUCAGUACGAUCUAACACCCAUAGAGAUUGAGCUUCACGAAGACGACAUAUACAGGGUACACUUUAGCGGGUACGAUCAUUGGAAUUACUAUACAGUCGAGGACGGAGCUGGGCCCUGUAUUCUCAGCUUUAAACAGGAGGUCACAUCAGGAACAAGAGAACACUUUAGAAUAUUAGUGAGGGGCUAUUGUCACAUUGCACACGGCCUACUACAACCUACUGCUAUUACUGCUAAUAGGUACGAGAGGGACGAAGUGGUUCGAGCGGUAGGAAAGGAAAUGGGAUUCACAAACCCUUUCGUCACUGUCUCACAUCAUCGAGCAAAGAGAGAGCUUCUGAAGCUGGACGAGGCUUUCUUCAAGCGACAAUUUAAGGUAGGAGUGGUUUACUUGAAGGAAUUCCAAAGUAACGAAGAGGAAAUAUUCAGCAACCAACCUGACAGCCCCAGAUUCGAAGAUUUUCUCAGACUUCUUGGUAAACGGGUGACACUGAAGGGGUUCAAAGGUUUUAGGGGCGGACUGGAUGCUAUCAGCAAUCAGACCGGCACUGAGUCUGUUUAUACUACUUGGCGAGGAAGCGAGUUCAUGUUUCACGUAUCCACACUUCUGCCAUAUUCUUACGAAGAUCUACAGCAGCUGCAGAGAAAGAGACACAUAGGUAACGACAUAGUGUGUGUUGUGUUCCUUGAUGGACCAACAGUACGGUUCAGACCCUCCUGCAUCAAGUCUCACUUUCUUCAUGUCUUUAUCGUAGUCAGGCCUGUAGCGGGCGGUGGAUAUAAUGUUGCACUCGUUGCGAAGAAUGGUGUCCAACUGUUUGGUGCCCAGUGCAGUCCUGACUACGUAUUUCAAAGGGACAACGCAUUCAGAGACUUCAUACUUUGCAAGAUUGUUAACGGUCAACAUGCUGCAUAUAACGCAUCUAAAUUCAAGAUUAUGAUAGAGCGAACAAGACACCAGAUGUUAGGAGACUUAGUGCAAAAGUUUCGAAUGGAUACAGAGUCAAAGAAGCGAGAAUGUCACAUGGAAAAUGGACGAGGAACGUGGCUUCCGUUCGGUGCAGUUAGACCCCAGUCACCGCUGUUGGACGCCGUAUUUGAGAGGUACGAGAACGCCAACAAGCUCGGCAAAGAUCUGGAGAACGAAUAUGUUUCUAGUACAAUAACAGAAUUGUGCGACGUUGUCAUUGUGGCUGGAAAGAGUAAAAGUCUUCUCUUUGGCAUACGGGCCAUAAUGGCUGUUCGUUGCAGGGUGUUUCAGAAGCUGCUGGUUAACGCACCACUGCAUGACUUUGACAGCCGCUUGUUGAGACCGAAGGAGAGAAGGGAGUACAACUUGAAUCCUGGAGACUAUCCUCGGAAGAAGGGGUCCACUUCAAUACACGGCGAGAAACACAAGAUUACUCUUCCUAAGGUGACAGUGGAAGAGUUCAACUGUAAGGUAAUGAGUGUUGUACUGCAGUAUAUACACACUGGCAGUUGCUACAUCGUUACAAGUCAUCUUCCCAGUCUCAUAGCUGCAGCAGACAGAUUUGACCUGCCCGAACUAAGAGAAGCGUGUUUAAAGAUCCUACCGUCAGCCAUAUCCUUCGAUACCAUCAUAGACAUGCUGAACGCCAUGGAGUUUUUCAUCCAGUAUAAAAGUGUUAAAAGCAUGCUACAGAAACUCCUCGAGUUUAUUGAUCAGAACAUUCGUGAUGUACUGAGUCUGCCCUCGUUUUGUAACCUAUCAGAACACGUGCUGCAGCUGGUAUUUGCACGUGACCUGGAUAUUGACGAGAUCGCCAAGUUCAACGCUGCCAUCAGAUGGGGCAAGAACUUCUGUGCUAAACAGGAAGGAAGGGAUAUGAAGACGGUACUCCAGCAGCUGGUGAAUAAGAUUCAGUUUCAUCUGAUAAAACCAAGAGAGCUUAUGCAGGUUGUGUAUCCAGCAGGGGUAGUUCCUGAUCACAAGCUUAUAGUUGCUCUGGCAUUUCAAGCAGACCCCCGCUCGGUGGAGGGGAUAAAGGGUGCCCCUGUCCUCGAACACACCGUGUAACCUUUACUCACGUGAUGUCAUCACAGUGUUACGCGACGUCAUCAUUUACCGUAUCCUUACUCGGACUCUCAUUGUUUGUGCAACUAUGAACUAUGCAGGAUGUUUUCGCCUCGCUUGCACUCGAGAAAUGCCAAUGACUCUUUGCGAUUAAAUAGCUUCUGAGGACUUUAAAUUUCAGUUAAAUCGGAGAACAUGAAGAUUUAAAUCUAUAUAGUAUAUAUUAGUAUAUUUGUGAUAGAACAGUUUCUAAACUGAAUUCUCGUAGCCCUUUUCUUUGAUAACAAAUAUUACGGUUUUGUUGCUUCAAUAAUUUGAUAUGAUAUUUUCCUGAAUAAAAUAAAAUAAGAAUAAAAUCUUUUGAAUUCAUCUGCUUUGAAUCGUUUUGUUGCUUCAAUUCUAAUUCCAUUAUUGAUUUUAACAUUGUACUCAAUAAGCUUUGUCAAGCUUAUGUUAACUUAAAAUUUCAUUUAUUAAUACAUUAAUUACAUUUAUUUGUUGAUUCACUUUAAUUUUACCAAUUUAUUUAUUGAUUGUUUGUGUCACCGCCUACAGUUACUGAUUUAUAAUUGUUGCGCCUGUUUAUAAUUAUAGGAUGAAAUAUUAGUGAAUGAUUAUCUCAAAUUGAAUUGAUGUUUAUUAUCUCUAAAAAGAUAUAUAUUGAUAAUAGUAAUUAGUUAUAUGUUACUGUUCAGCGACUAUAACCGUAUAAUAUAAUAGGCUGACGUUACCCUCUUUGAGAUCGUUAUAGUCAAAGUUUAUCUUAUUUUCAGAUUAAUUUAAUUUAUUUUAAUUUAUUUUAAUUUAUUUACUGUUGCUAAGUAUUAUUCAGAGUUAUGGGUAACUGGUGAGGGUUUUAUCAUGCUUCAAUUAUAUCAGAUGAGAAGAAUGUCAGAGAAGAAUGUCAAAGUGAUUUUAU